CCGGCCCGGCCCUGCCCUGCGCCUGGCGCCGUAUAAAUAGAGGCAGCGAGCGGCAAGGAGCUCCUGGCAGCCACCAUGAAGCGCCUCAACCUGCUCUGCUGCUGUGUGGCCUCGCUCCUGCUCUUCGGCACUGCAGAGCUGCACGCCCCUGGCACGGACCAUGCUGGUGCUGCUGCUGAAGGCCCCCUGCCAGCUGCAGAGCCCAGGCUGGAGGAGAAGGCAGCCGGCAGCAGCCCUGAGGAGGACCGAGAUGGUGGCUCCCCCAACGCCUCCUCGCCUGCUGCCGUUGAGGAGGGACAGGGAGAUGGGGAGGAAGAGCUGGCGGGUGGCCUGAGUGAGGACCUGGGGCCUGGGGAUGGACAGAUGGAGGAGACCACCAUGGAGAAGGGCCAGGAGGGGACUGGUGCGGCACAGGGUCCAGGGGAGGAUGCCGUGUUGGGCACCCCUGAGGCAGCGCAUCAUGAAGGGAAUGGCGGGCCUGGCCCACAAGAUGGACUCCACACCAGGGAGGAAGAGGAGUCUGGUGGCAAGAAAGGAGCCUCUGAGGAGCAAGGGCAGCCUGGGGAAGAGAAAAUGGAGGAGCCAAAAGCAACAUCUGCUCCCAGUGGGGAAGAGCAGAGCUCAGAGGAAGAGGAUGACCAGGGGGAGUCUGAGGAAGAUGGAGGUGAGGGAGAGUCCAAGGAGGAAAGAGAGUCUGAGGAGGAGUCUGAGGAACAGGAUGCUGGGCCAGGGGGGGCAGAGGAUGAAGGUGAAGGGAAUGACAAGAAAACAGACGGCACUUCUAGCAAAAAGAGCCGUGGCAAACCAGCAGCUGCCAGCAAGGGAGAAGCCAGGGGUGGCCCUGUCAGCUGCCAGCACCCACCCUGUGGGGACACAGCAGAAGACCCGCCAGCAGCAAUGGGAGACCCACCAGCAGAAGAUCCACCAGCAGCGGUGGAAAACCCACCAGCAGCAGAAGACCCACCAGCAGUGGUGGAAAACCCACCAGCAGCAGAAGACCCACCAGCAGUGGUGGAAAACCCACCAGCAGCAGAAGACCCGCCAGCAGCAGAAGACCCACCAGCAGCAGAAGACCCGCCAGCAGCAGAAGACCCACCAGCAGCAGAAGACCCACCUGCAGCAGAAGACCCACCAGCAGCAGAAGACCCACCUGCGGACAAGCCAUCACUGGUAGAAACGGAAAGCCCAGCUGCUGCCAUGCUCCGGCACAGGCAGAUAGAAGAGGCUGAAGAUGCCAGCAAGCUGACCAAGCGUGACCGGUCCCACUUGGAGAACACCCUCAAGCUGAACGAGGACAAACCCGCCGAUGAUUUCUCAGGAGUACUGCAGCGGCUGAGGAAGAUCUACCACUCCUCCAUCAAGCCUCUGGAGCAGUCCUACAGAUACAACGAGCUGAGGCAGCAUGAGAUCACAGCUUAUCCUGGACGCACCCUGGGCUCUUCUGCCACAGAUGGGGAGAUCACUUCCAAGCCAAUGGUGCUAUUCCUGGGACCCUGGAGCGUUGGCAAAUCCUCUAUGAUAAACUACCUCCUCGGGCUGGACAAUACUCCCUACCAGCUCUACACAGGGGCAGAACCCACCACCUCUGAAUUCACUGUCAUCAUGCAUGGCCCCAAGCUAAAGACCAUUGAGGGCAUCGUCAUGGCUGCCGACAGUGCCCGCUCCUUCUCUCCCCUGGAGAAGUUUGGGCAGAACUUCUUGGAGAAGCUGAUAGGGAUUGAGGUGCCCCACAAGCUGCUGGAGCGAGUCACCUUCGUGGACACGCCAGGCAUCAUUGAAAACCGCAAGCAGCAAGAACGAGGUUACCCGUUCAAUGACGUGUGCCAGUGGUUCAUUGAUAGAGCUGAUCUCAUCUUCAUUGUCUUUGACCCUACGAAGCUGGAUGUGGGCUUGGAGUUGGAGAUGCUCUUUCGCCAGCUGAAGGGCCGUGAAUCUCAGAUUCGAAUCAUCCUGAACAAAGCUGACAGCCUGGCUACCCAGGAGCUCAUGAGAGUCUACGGUGCCCUAUUCUGGAGCCUGGCUCCUCUCAUCAAUGUCACGGAGCCGCCCAGAGUGUACGUGAGCUCCUUCUGGCCCCAGGACUACCAUCCGGAUACCCACAGAGACCUGUUCCUCAAAGAAGAGAUAUCGCUCCUGGAAGAUCUCAACCAGGUGAUUGAGAACAGGAUGGAAAAUAAGAUCGCCUUCAUACGCCAGCACGCCAUCCGGGUGCGCAUCCACGCCCUUUUGGUCGAUCGCUAUCUACAGACCUACAAGGACAAAAUGACCUUCUUUAGCGAUGGAGAACUGGUGUUCAGGGACAUUGUGGAAGAUCCUGACAAGUUCUUUAUCUUUAAAUCCAUUCUGGCAAAGACCAAUGUCAGCAAAUUUGACCUCCCCAACCGUGAGGCUUACAAGGACUUCUUUGGCAUCAACCCAAUCACCAGUUUUAAGCUGCUGUCUCAGCAGUGUUCCUACAUGGGAGGGUGUUUCCUAGAGAAGAUCGAGAAGGCCAUCACUCGUGAGCUUCCCGAUCUCUUGGGAAGCAUUGGCUUGGGAAAGAAGCCCAAUGUUCUCUCCUGCGACAUCACUGGCUGUGGUGAAACUCCAAAGAAUCGCUACAGGAAGCCCUAAGGUGUUUCUGUGAUCUGACCGUCCACGUGUUCCUAUCGGUGAAUGAGCUUAUGUCUUAUCUGUCCAAGAAGCCGUGGUUUGUUAACCCUUUGAGUGCCACACUGGCAAAGGCUGCUGUACGAUGAGGACGUUGAGUCAUUGACAUCGAUGGCAGGGGAAGAUGGGUGGGCAUAAGAAAGAGAAUAAAAACUGUGAAUUCCUGA